AAUGACGUUCCUUAUGUCAAAAAUAAGUAUCGUUUAGUUUACCGCACCCAAUUUUUAUCUUAUUAUUGGUUAAUGUUAACAUUUACUUUUCUAAUUGAAAAUAAUUCAUCAAAAUGGACCAUUUGCCGGCUUGUGUUAUCGAUGUCGGCACCGGGUAUACAAAACUGGGCUUCGCCGGCAACAAGGAACCGCAGUUUAUCAUUCCGUCGGCCAUCGCUAUAAAAGAAACUGCGAAAGUUGGUGAUCAAUCCACUCGUCGCAUGACGAAAGCCGUUGAGGACCUGGAUUUCUUCAUUGGAGAUGAAGCAUUCGAUGCGACAGGGUACGCUGUUAAGUAUCCCGUACGCCACGGCCUAGUAGAGGACUGGGAUUUAAUGGAAAGGUAUAUUGAACAAUGUAUAUUCAAAUACUUGAGAGCGGAACCGGAAGACCAUCAUUUCUUGCUCACUGAACCUCCGUUGAACACACCCGAAAAUAGAGAGUAUUUGGCUGAAAUAAUGUUUGAAUCAUUUAAUGUACCUGGAUUGUACAUUGCUGUGCAAGCAAUGUUAGCGCUCGCUGCCUCGUGGAAGUCACGAGCACCAGCACAGCGUACCUUUACGGGUAUUGUAGUUGAUAGUGGAGAUGGUGUUACUCACAUUGUACCCGUAGCUGAGGGCUAUGUAAUUGGUUCCUGCAUCAAACAUAUUCCUGUCGCUGGUAGGAAUAUCACUUCAUUUAUUCAGUCACUUCUUCGUGAACGUGAAGUUGGAAUACCACCGGAGCAAAGUUUGGAGACUGCAAAAGCUAUCAAGGAGAGAUUCAGUUACAUUUGUCCUGAUAUUGCCAAAGAGUUUGCUAAAUAUGACUCAGAUCCAGCUAAAUGGAUGAAGAAGUACACUGGUGUGAAUGCUAUAACUAAAAAUCCAUUCACAGUUGAUGUUGGCUAUGAAAGAUUUUUGGGACCUGAGAUAUUUUUCCACCCAGAGUUCUCAAAUCCUGAUUUCACUGUGCCUCUUAAUGAGAUGGUGGAUGAAGUUAUACAGUCUUGUCCAAUAGAUGUAAGAAGAGGAUUGUAUGGAAAUAUUGUUCUAUCUGGAGGAUCAACAAUGUUCCGUGACUUUGGUAGGAGAUUACAGAGAGAUAUAAAACGAACUGUGGAUGCACGACUGAAGCUUUCUACAAUGUUGUCUGAAGGCCGCAUCACCCCAACACCAAUUGAUGUUCAAGUAAUUUCUCACUACAUGCAACGGUAUGCAGUCUGGUUUGGUGGCAGCAUGCUUGGUUCUACUCCAGAGUUUUACCAAGUGUGCCAUACUAAACAAGCAUACAUGGAGUAUGGACCUAGUAUCUGUCGGCACAACCCUGUUUUUGGCACCAUGACAUAAUUAUUGCCUUUAUUUAUUGUCAGUAUUAAGUCAAAUUAUAAUAAUGUAGAUUCAUUAUUAUGUAAUAAUUAAGUGUUAUGAAUUUAUUAAAUAUAAAGAGCAUUUUACAAGGAAUACUUAGCCUGUUACUUUAAGUAUCAUAGUUUUUAUUAUUUUUAUUACAACAUUUGAGCCAAGCCAAAUUAAAGUUUUAUGUACUUCCAUAUAGCACAAUAUGCAAUACAUGUAUUUUAAGUAUUAUGUUAAAAAUGAGUUCAUAAAAUAGAGUAAUAUUUUAUUAACCUUAAUUAAUAGUAAUUUUAAUUAUUUUUGUAUAAGUUGGCUGGAGUCUCUAUAUAAACUAAUGGCAUUUAAUAUUGCAUUCCAGCUUUUUACCAAAUAAAAUCA